CCCAAGGCUCCAACCUGGCGCGUCAGAGCUUCGGGCUAAUAAUAGAGCUGGGCCAAUCGAUUCGACCUCACUUCCACAUACUGUCCCUCCUCACAUAAAAAACAUAAAAAAGAAAGAAGACCAAGAAAGCAGAAUACUAUUCCUUGAACAAUCAGCACAGGUUCCCCGACUCUACCUUCGAAACUCGCCGAAAACUGUCAGCCAUCAGCUCUCAUUUCUCACCUCUAACAAGACUUCACCAUGUCGGGAGGCAGCGCCGGUUUCGACCGACAUAUCACAAUCUUCUCCGAGCAAGGAAGACUUUACCAAGUCGAAUAUGCGUUCAAAGCGAUCACCGCAGCAAACAUAAUGUCAGUUGGGGUCCGAGGCAAGGAUUGCGCCGUGGUUCUCUCCCAGAAAAAGGUUCCCGACAAGUUGAUUGACCCCUCUUCCGUCUCGCACCUCUUCCAGAUUUCGCCCUCGGUCGGCUGCGUCAUAACCGGACCCAUCGCUGAUGCUCGGGCGUUCGCCCAGCGCGCCCAGGGCGAAGCUGCCGAGUUCAAGUACAACUACGGAUACGAGAUGCCAUGUGAUGCCCUGGCCAAGCGACUUGCCAAUAUCAGCCAGGUUUAUACUCAGAAAGCUUAUAUGCGUCCUUACGGCGUGGCGACGACGCUGAUAUCGCUCGAUUCUGAAUUCGGACCACAGCUCUACAAGUGCGACCCAGCGGGAUACUACGUGGGGUACAAAGGAACGGCUGCGGGACCCAAGCAGCAGGAAGCGCUUAACCACCUGGAGAAAAAGCUCAAGAACAAGGAUCACGCAGAUGGCACAUGGGAAGACGUUGUGGAACUAGCUAUUACUACGUUGAGCACCGUCCUCAGCAUGGAUUUCAAGAAGGGUGAGAUUGAGAUCGGAAUAGUUGGAGGCCCCCGAGCGGACGGUAAGGAGGGUACAGAUCCGUUCUUCAGAACCCUGACGGAGGACGAGAUUGAUGAACGAUUACAGGCCAUUGCCGAGAAAGAUUAGCGGGUAAGGCGGUUCGUGGCGUAAGGCUGGGGUUCGGUUCAGUCGGUUGAGCGCAGCUGAUUCGUGUAUGCUGACUACAACAAUAUGUUGUGGAGGCUUGGGGUUCAUCAUUAUAUCCUUGUCUCCGUGUGUCACUAGUUUAGAUCUCGCAUCAACAGGGACCUUUGAUCAUUAUUCUAAUCUGGGUCGGUCUUGGUAAUCCAGAUAAAAAAUCCAUCUUAGCUCGGUUAAGGUGGGCUAGCCAUAGCUGAAGUUCAGAUGCGUAUUAGAGAUGCGCAUUUUUUAUCUUUUUAAGGAUCCGGAUGUUCAGGUGGUGGCGAGAAGGAUGAUCUGGGGGGGUUAUAAAGCUCGUGCGGUGAAUUAUUGUCAUCAAGAACCACAUCUUGAAAUACCAAUGCGACGCAUCAGGCGCAUCAGCACGUAAGUAGCCAUAAGCAUCUGAACUAAGCGUUGUCAACAAUUACCCAAAUACGGGUAUCUCGGGCAUACGUUCAUCUAUAGUAUGUCAUCCGGAAGGCUGGGGGUUUUUUUGUUUUUGUUUUUUU